CAGUCAAACCUCAUUAAUCUGGAUAACUGAUAUGAAUAAAGGGGGACUGAGCCUCUCUCUCUUCUCCCCCGGAAAGGAAGUGACCUGCUUGUCUGAACAGGAAUCAGGCCAUGGCUACACAGCAGGACAACACCAGUUUUAUUUGUGUCCACACACACACACUCACAUUUGCAAGUGUCUGCACGCAGGUCUUACAUGUUCUGUAACUUUGAGAGACAUUCUGCAUGUUGAUUAUCUUCUCUUGAAUGUUUAUAGCUCUGCAAUGACCUAACCCUGGGGGCAGCUUAAUUGUAUCCUUGCUAUUAUGGGCAUCUUCAGUCUCUCAUGAGCAGUAAAUAGUCAUAAAAAAAUCCAAUCUCUCCCUCUCAGCAGCAGGGGUGGAUAAGAAAAGAAGUGCAAAAAGCAAAGAGGUCAGGGCAGGACAGGGUAGUUAAGUGUGGGUUGGAAGAAAAUGUGGGAUGAAAGGGGUGGAGGAGUUUCGCUACAUGAGGGCCAGUCUCUUUCUCAGUUCAAGCAGUGGGGAUGGAAAUGGCAGAAAUCCAAAAGUAUCCAAAUGCCAAAUCAUCCACAUUACUAAUCUCGAGCUCUGUCAAACACACUUAAAUCUGCUCAUAAAUUCUAGUGGAUCUGCAUCUCUAAUACUGCUUUAAUGUGUGCCCCACCCCUUCUCCCUACUGUUCUCUAAACCUCCCCUUACCCCUUCCUAUGCAAAUGUCAUCACUGCCCACUAUAAAUACACCUAUUCUGCCAUCCUCUCUUGCACUGUCACACAGGGGUCUUUUAUCACUCAAGAGACACACUACAGGAUUCCUCCUUCUUUCCAGCUUCGGUUCCAGGAUGACUUCAGUGCUCUGUCCUCAUUUUAGCUCCAGAAAGUCCUCCCGCUCAGCCUCUGUACUAUUUUUCUUUUUGCUUGUGGGGCCCAGCAGUACAUUAGUGCUGGGUCCUGGUGCUGGUAAAGUAAAGUCGGGGCUGGAGGGACAAGCAAGAGCUGAGGGUAGGGUUAAAUCUGGGGUAAAGGACAGGGCAAGUACUGAGGGCAACACUGAAACUGGAUUUGGAGAUACUCAUGUUUCUAGACCAGGAGCUACAGCAGGAGAGGAUGGUGAGGUGUGGGGGGACCCUGGUACUACUGACCUCAGGUCCAUGCUGUCUAUAGGAGAGGGUGGACUGUGGGAGCCCCGCAGUUCCUCUCGCUGUGUGUCCAUCCCAUCCGGCAUGGCCUUGUGCCAAAACAUUGGUUAUGACACUAUGAGGAUGCCAAACCUGCUGGGCCACGAGUCUCCAGCUGAGGCUGUACAGCAGAGUGCCAGCUGGUUGCCACUACUUGCCAGAGAGUGCCACCCAGAUGCCCGCAUCUUUCUCUGCUCUCUCUUUGCACCCAUUUGCCUUGACAGGUUUAUAUCACCCUGCAGGAGUUUGUGUGAAUCUGUGCGGGACAGCUGUGCACCAAUCAUGAGUUGCUAUGGCUACCCCUGGCCAGAAAUUCUGCGCUGUGACCAGUAUCCUGCAGACCAUCUCAUGUGUAUCUCCUCCAUCACUAACACCACUGCUCACACAGGGGGGCGUAGAGUGCCUCUGGCAAGCUGUCGGGAUUGUGAGCUGGAAGAAGCCUCCUCCUCAAAAGAUGCACUGGAUACCUUUUGUAGGAGUGAUUUUGUUGUGAAACUGCGUCUGACACGACUCAAGUACAGUCCAGUAAGCCUGUCUCAGUUCUCUCUGGCUGCCAAACUGGAUGUCCUGAAGCACGGACCCCUGUUAGGAGGGCAGAUCCGCUCUCAAAUUGAACUGUGGCUAGAGAGGGAUGCCACCUGUGUAAGGAACAUGACGCGGCAACACCCUCGAGGCGGCACCUUCCUAGUGACGGGCACAGUCCAGGGGGAGCGCUUGGUGGUCACUAAGGCUUAUGCCUGGCAAAAACGAGACAAGAAUCUGAUGGCGGCUGCGCGCAAAUGGAAACAACACAGAUGCAGGAGCUAAGAUUAUGUGUGUGAUUAGAAAAUUUGAAAGAAAUGAAUUGUGAAACAAGCAUUACGCAGCUAUGGUUAGGGGAAGCAUAGGGAUAGCAUAUAGAUUUGAACCAUAACCUAACAGCUGUAUAUAAUGCUUCUUUUUGCCUUUGAAAAUCAUGUUCAAAAUUUAUGAAAGAGAUAAUAUCCAAUACUCUAGUCACAAAGGAGCUCUGUCAGUCAGGAAGUGUUAAUAGAAAAUGUACAUAUCUGUGAAUUGUAAGUAAAUAUUGCUGGUCUAUAUUUGUAUGACUUUGAGAAUCAUAAUUAAACUUUGUACUCUAA